AUGAGAGCAGUCCUCCUGUCCGCCGUGCUGGCUUCCGCCGCCACGGGUAUUCGUGCUUCUCCUGAUUCGCCCUGGCCCUGGGAUAACGACGACGACAAGGACGGUUGGAAUUGGGGAUGGGGAGAUGGAUGGAAGGGCCCAGGACCUCAAUGCGCCUCGUCCUGUCUCUCGUCACACUGGCAAUCUGCGGUUCCCACGCCAGCAGCCAUCUGCACCGAGGCCACAGGUCUGGCAUCGUGUCUCGCCUCCGCCUGCACCACCGAUGCUGCCGCCUACAGCAGCUACACCUCACGCUCCGCAUCCGCAUGCUCGCGCUGGUCCACCUGCUCGACCACGGGCACCUACACAUACUCGUACGACUCCGAGUGGUGGGACUGGGCAACCCCCACGGCGACGGUCGUGACGGUGACGGGGUGCCCUUGGAACGGCAACGGCUGGGGCUGGGGUCCCUGGGGUGAUGGCGAUGGCGAUGGUUGGGGGAACCGGGGCCCGGGCUGGAGGUAUGAAACCGACACGGUGACUGUAACGGUGACGGGGGGAGGCUCGGCGAGCGGCAGUCCUGCUCUGUCGACCAUUGUUGUUGCUGAAGCCGUCAGUGGAGACGAAACCGUCCGAACGACCUUUGGCGUGCCUGCGGCGACAGGGACCGACGGCAACGACAGCAACGCCGACGACAAUAACAGCGCGGCCGCCGGCGGUGAUGACCUCAGAGGCGUCAAGGCUGCCGCCGCUUGCCUUGCGGCUGUCGUUGUUGGAGUUGGCCUCCUGUGA